UGCGUGAUCAAAGGUGAAAUCGCCAGAACGUGGAAUUCUUUUUCAAUCUUUAGCUUAAGAAUGAAGCGAUACGUACACCUUCAAUUAGAAUUUCUAGUUCUAGUUUGCAAUAUUUCAAUCGCGGUUUGUAUGGACAGCUCGUUGGCGAAACCGCUCUUGACGUACGAUUAUCAAAGCGAGAAGUUUAUUCUGAAUGACUUAGCUGUUGGUGAGAUUGAAGCACUACAAGGUCCGUUAAGAAUUAUUAGCGUGGUUGGCGACGCUUAUGUUGGCAAAUCUACGACCCUAAAUAUGAUCAGGCAUUUUUUGGAUGGAAGUAAAACGGCUGACGUUCAGAGCGUGUUUAAAACUUGUGAAAAUAGUAUACAGUGUACCAGUGGAGUGUGGAUGUCGAUUUUGCCAGAUAUGAACAACCGUGGUGGGUAUACUAUUCUGAUCGACACAGAAGGAACUAAUUUUAAGGACAACGAGAUUACCGAUUCACUUCACAUUUUCACAUUUCUUGUUUCCUCUGGACUAGCUCUAUUGGCCAGGGAAAGAAUCAGUAGCUACAACAUAAAGUUUUUGUAUCGAGCGUCUCGGGUGAGCGAACUGUUCUGGGAAGAUGACGUGCACAGUGUUAGUUCAUAUCCGGGAUUAUUGGUGAUUUUACGCGAUGCACUUCCUCCCUCACCGGGGAACACUCUACAAAGUGAAAUUCAGGACAGGAUUGUUGACGAUAGAAGUAACAUCGGAAAAUCUAUAGGUAGAUUAUUCCCUCGAGAUCGCAUCAAGGUCAGGAACAUACCCCACGUGGAGGAUUCAAAACGAUUGCGUGAUUCACAAGAUGAUGUGUAUGCAAAUAUAGCUUCGUCCCUCGCAGCGGAUUUUAAGCGGUUUCCUUGCAAGAAAAAUGUUCGUAGAGAAGUAAUUGAUGGGAAAAAGAUGGCUGAUCUCAUUAGGAAACUUCACGUUGCGAUCAGCAGAAAUCCUUGGAGUGGUGUAUCAAAUACAUACACUGCCCUUGAAACACAUCUGUGUGAUCGAGGAUUCCGAGAGAUCAUUGAACCACUACUGACCAAGGAAAUAGAAGAAAUAAAACGUUCCAAAGAUCACGCAAUGGAACAGUUUAUUCAGAAAUGCUCCCUGGCUGAGAAAAUCAAUGAUACCCGUGAACAUAUAGCUGAGGUUGUUGCUCUGAAAGACGAAAUCGGAGAAACGCAACUGAGUCCAGACGAAGAAAUAUUAAAACAGCAAGAAGCAGAGAUUAGGAGGAAGGCAACGGAGGAAGUAAUUCACAGGGAAGAGAGACUCGUCACAGAACGCGCAGAGAGAAUGAAAGCAGAGAGGCAAAGAGAAAUUCUGGAAGAACGAUUAAAUCAAAUAAGAGAAGCUCAAAGGCAACACGAGACUGAAUCAAAACGUCGAAAAGAUAUUUUGGGAGGUGCUAUAGGCGGCGCGGUUCUGUUCGGGGUCCUAAGUGACUCUAGAUUGAAGGAGAACAUCACAAUCCUGCCGUAUUCAGAAUUCAAGCAGAUUGGUCUUCAGGGUUACAGCUGGAGGUGGUCUAGAAAAGCCGCGGAGCAACUGGGUAAGAGAGGACAAGAUUAUGGCGUCAUUGCUCAGGAAGUAGAAAAACUGUACCCGUGGGCGGUGGUGACGGGUGAAGAUGGAUACAAGAGAGUGAACUACACAGCUUUGAAGCAGCUUCUAUUGUUAAAGAAGAGCAAACACCUUGAAAUCGGAAACAUUGUGUCGAAAGGCUACGGAUUAGAAUCACAGAGAAGUUUCUUUGAAUGGACAUAAACGAAGAGCGUACACCUCUGGCUGACAAAGAGAGCAGACUUUUCUCUACAAUCGUGACUGAAAUUGAAACUACUUAGUUUUUAAAAACCUAGGAGGUUUCACACCAGCUCCAAUAUUGGAACUCUU